UGUCCUGUUUUGAUAUUAGCUAGUUAGCUGAUUACCAAAAAUGGACGAAGAUUUAAUGUUGAGCGUUAUUCAGUCUAAUCCUCUAGAAUUGCCUGACUCCAUUCAGGUAGUGUUGCAGAGUAUUGAGUCGGCAAAGCUGACACGAGCCAGAGCGGAGGUGGCUGACAGACUUGAGGUGAUCCUCAACAGCGUCAACACCGCUGUGCAGCGCCUCCGUUUAGCCAAUGUGGUGCUAGCCGAAGAGGAGUCCGACGAUGAGGAUGACGAAGUCGACGAAGACGCUGCGCAGGACUUGAACAAGAGGCGCGAGUCUGCGCGCUCCUCCAUUGAAGCCUUCUUUCUCUCAAACUUUGAUAAGACGGAGUACCUGAACACCGUCCUCCAUUGGCUCAAGGACAUUGACGAGGACCUAGCUGAGGCUCAGCGAGAUGAGCAUAACUUGGCAGACAUCACACCGCAGUGGGUGGAAGAGAUGGAGGAAAAGAUUGAGUUGUCAUUGUUAGGUGUAGAGACAAGCAUUCGGCGCCUGUAUCAGCUGUGUAGGCAGAUUUCAACAGCUGAUGGCAACAAGAACGAGACAGAGUCAAAAGGUAAAGAUGGCGUUUGGCGCUGGUGGAGAGAACUUAAAGUCAACGCCAAGACGGUUCUGAAGAUUCAGACGCUCCAGCCCCCGUCUGUGGAGGAGUUGCUGGAUGACGGUGCCCUGGCAGCCGAGAGCACCAGCAACCUGGACUUCAUGUUCAAAGACAUGGCCAAGUUCUUGUCCUGCAAGAAAGCAAUGGCCAUGGCCUUCAACUUCGGGCGAACUGGCCUCCAGAACAUGUGUGCGGCCCUUGAGGAGCGCACGCGGGAGACUGAGCUGCUCCGCAAGGAGCUGCAGCGCCUGAAGGCCGAGAGCGCCCAGACAGAACCGCUACGAGACGUGGACACGAGCGGCCAGCUGUACAUCUCGCGACUGAAGACGGACCUAAACAGCAGGAACAGGAACAUCUCUCAGAUGAAGUUGCAGAUCAAUGGCCUGGAGCAAGACAACACCGCCCUUUUGCAGGAGGCAGAGACGCUUCGGCAGGCGGCCGUCGUGUUCAUACCAGUCAAGCAGCCCCCUCCAUCAGUGACGCCCUCUCCAAAAGCCUCUGUGGCCUCCGUCGCCUCUGUGGUGCAAUAUGAAGAGGAAAUGGAGGAGGAGGAGGGAGAGGAGGAGAGCGAACCUGAACCGGAAACUCAGGUUAGUUCUGAUGAAGAGCCAGCGCCACCAGCUGAGGAAACCAAGGUAGUGCCACACGUGUCAGAGGUGAGGGUGUCCCUUCGAUCCGUCACCCCCGAGGAACGCCCCGUGACUCCUGAGAUCAAAGUGCCACAGCCGCCAGCUCCAAAGGCCAUUCCUGUAAUCGCUCCUCCAGAGAAAAGGAAUGCGAUGACACAAGUACCGUCUCAGUCAUCUCUCCUCGCUGGUGCUGAGAGGCUGCUGCCCUCUGUGACGACUGUACCUGGGCCCGUGGGGAGCCUGGAGGCUCUGCCUGUUCGCAGCUCCUCCUCCAUCGGCUCCUUUGGUGCUGACAAGGAGGACGUGGAGGCUAAGCCUGAGUCGCCUCAGCCCAAGAUGAGCAAAGACCCACAGCCGAGGAGGAGCCCAGUGUUUCGGGCGAAGACAGCCCCUCCGCCGUCUUUCCAAACACCGUCUCCCCUGGUCCAGUUCUUGGAGGAGGACCUGGAACACUACAUGGAGGACUUAAUGGAGGAGGGUGGGGAGAGCAUCGAGAAGGAAAUGGCUGCCAGGAGGCACCGUCUGAGUGUGGAAGCACAGAGAACGAACCUGAAGCUGAUGCGUCAGGCAGCCCAAAGUGACGUUCUUCCCUCCAAGCUCUACCAAAUGGCCAAGCACACCAUCAAGCACUCGCUCAACGCUGCCGAAUUGCGCCUGUCCUGCCUCAUGAGGAAAUACAUUGCCUAUAAAGCACUGAUGCAAGUUAGGCACAACCUGAACGUCCAGUUGCAGUGUGCCCGUGAGUGUAACGAUGGCCUGGCACUGAGUGAUACGUACACCUUCCUCUCCAACCUGGAGAAGUACGAGCGCACGGUGAUGAACCGCUUAAGCAUCAGGCGAGCUGCCGCUGAAGAGGAUCGCUUCAUGCACCUUACGCGCACCACCUGCCUCUUUAGACAGAUCCGAGAGGAUUGUGGUGUGCAUUUGAUCCUGCCGUACACCAGCAGCUGUGACUCCCAGGGGAAGCCCUCUCUGUCCAUCAGCUGCCACAAGCUGGUGGUGGCCCCACGGCCGCACUCACGCUCACGCCGCCGCCUGCAGCGGCCGCCCACCGCCCCCGCCCGCAUGCUGCACCAGCGGUCAGACGACGUCCACCGCGUUACUUUCAGAGCACUUGCAAGGCCUGAAUGA